UAACAGUCAGCUGACGCCAUAAACAAACCAUCCAGCCCUCGCAUCCCAUCCCAUCAUCGUCGUCGCCCCAUAAUUAAUUCACAACAGCAUCCGAUUACAUCGAGAGGAGAUAACAUCAUGCAAACUACACCUACUAUCAAGAAGAAGAAGGAGAUAACAUUCACGGAAACUGCACGUAUCUCAAAGACGAAGACUACCUCUUAAGAAACAACACUGAAAACACUUGGAGAUCUACAGUGACGCAACUUCACUCUUGCUGUCUUCGAGAGUGAGCAGAAAAACUUUCAUGCAAACUGCAGGCAAGCUAAAGAUGGUGCCCAUGGUGGAGUGCAUUGUGUAGGGUGUCCUUGGGAGGAAGUGCGUGCAGCUGAGAUGUUUCUUGUGGUUACCAACAUACCUGGCUUAUUUAGAACACCAGAUCUGAGAAACUACUUUUCUGAAUAUGUUGAGAAAGAAGCAUUCAUGUGCUUCCAUUUCCGUCAUCGUCCCCAGACACAGCUCGCACAGCUCCUGGAUAAUGCACUUGUCUCGUUACCUCAGCCAAACUCGGACUCGCAGACGGACUCACAUAAGUCCGACAACCCCAACGGUAAGAAUGCAAGUUUAUCGAGAUUCCAGUCACUUAGUGCAUCAAGUUCGAAGGCCCAACAAGAAGAACUUGUUGAAGGAAGUGACACCAUUUUAAAUAAAAGUUUGGAAAAACAAGUUACUGUAGAUAAUACCGAGAAGAAUAACAGUGAAAAAGCAUUAACAUUAUUAGACGGGAGUGCCAAGAGUGCCAACACGAAGUUGCAUUGGUUGAAUUCAGGCUUGUCUGGUCUUUCGUCAUUAAUUAAAGAAAAGAAAGGAAAGGCAAAGGCAGACAUGAAGCACUAUACGCAAACUUUAAGAGAAGAAAAAUCUUCAAUAUGUUUAGACAAUGUAGAUGCAAGUAAACAUACAUUACCUAAAGUACAUAGUAAUAAUGAAGACAUGCAUUCACCAAUACCGGAAAGUGUUGUGGCUGGCACUGCUGAGAGAGAUGCUGGGUCAAAUGUGAAGACUUGCUGCAUUUUGAACAUAAAGGAUGAUUUUGUGGACAGUUUUAUAUCAAAGUAUAAUAAAAAACACUGGGUUGAUCGUGCUGGUGAUGUUCUACCCCCAAGGUGCUUUGUCUUUAGGAUAAACUUCAGGAAAAGUAUAAAUGAUGAUACAGAUUACAGGACAAGACGAGAGUUGGACUCUCAAAGUCUCUCUGUGGAUUCACCUCUAGAUUUAAUUGAGUUUUCUCCUCCUCCUCUCAUGCCACAGGGAAAUGUUGGCACACCAACCCAACACUUCAAGACACUAAUUAAGACCUGUCAGUUGCCUGGUUCUAUUAUAAGAAAACUGGGCCUGGAAUUUCCGAGGAGCAGAGGACAGAAGCGGUUUAGCAAAGUACCUUUCAAUUAUGGAACGGGUGUUGUCAGGACGGAGCCACGGUGCUCAGAUGAGGAAGGGAUUACAUUUACCGCUGCUGGUCACCUUAUACCCUCUUCAGCAGAUUUUGUUAAAAUAAAGAAUAAACUGAAGAAGAAACAGGUUUCUAGACGACCAAAAUUAGAACUGGAAAGCGAAAGAGAGGAUGGUGCAGAAACAGAAGAAUGGGAACGCUAUGAAGCCUUCCACAAUGAUGUAACAAGCCAAGACCGUUGUAAAGAGCGACUCUAUGAAAAGGAGAUAGAGUUGGUGUGGGAGAAAGGAGGACCAGGACUUGUAUUUUACACUGAUGCACAGUACUGGAGGCAACAAGAAGGUGACUUUGAUGAGCAGACAACUGAUGAGUGGGAUGUUGACAUGUCUGUCUACUAUGAGAGAGGUGCUGGAGACCAAGAUGCUCGGGACAGUGUAGCUAUGUUACAUAGUGAUAAACUUCGAUCUGGAAAACUCUCUCAAUCAGCUUUCAGGACUACAGGAACUCAUAAUGUGGAUAAAAAUAGGAAAAAGGACACUUCGUCAGUAAGAAAGAAAAGGAGAAUUGGUCCAACAGCACCACCAGUAAUAGGCGAGUUUGAAGAGCACACCCGAGGCUUUGGUCGCCGGCUGCUGGAGGCACAGGGCUGGAACGAUGGUCAGGGAUUAGGAAAAGAUUCUAAAGGCCUUCCAUAUGCUUUAGAUGGCGAUGGGCAGCAUCCUCAUGACAAGAAAGGAUUUGGCUACUAUGGUGAAAAACUUGAAGGCUGGAGAAGGAGUCAUUCAAGCACAGGACAACGUCAGUCACAGCAGUUCAAAGAAACACAUCAGCAGCACAAGAAAGAGGUCCUGAUAUCUACAGUAUUUGAUCGUCCCAAAGAUGUGGAUCCCCCAACCCCAACCCUUCGCACUCAUGAGCCUACCACUCUUUCUCACCGUCAUAAUUAUGUUUCAUUUACUAAAGCUAUGGAUCCCAAUUAAAAAUAUAAGCAGUUUCAAGGUAUCAUUUUAAAUACGUAAGGGAAAUUUGUAUAUAUUACCGUAUUUCAUUCUGUCCUAAAUGAAUUUAGGACUGGUUCACCAAUUUUUACAAAACAUGAUAUCGUGCUGAAUUCCAGUACUGUAUAGUGAUGUCUUUCCCAAACAGAACUCAUUUUAACAGAAGUUUGGAUGGAAGACAAAAAAUUCAGAUCUAAUGUUUGUAAAUGGCUAACAUUCCUGUGAAAAGAAACAAGUGUUCACCUGACCAGGAACUAUUUAUUCAUUCCCAUCCAUGCUGAAGAAAAAUAUUAAACCAAAAUACAAUAAACUCUCUUUUAUCAUGUCCAACUUUUAAUUAAAGAAAUGUCUUUUA